AUGUAUGGCCGCUCAUUACAGCUGAACACGGCCCAAGAGAGCCCUGGCAUGACAUCCACAGUAGAGCUGGUGACGCAGAUCGAGCUCAAGAUCCGAGCCGGGAAGAGAUUUGCUGUAUAUUGCCUCAUCCCCAUGUUCUGCGAGAGCUGGCCGCAGGAGGCCACCCCGCAAGAAAUCCUGCACUUCCAAUUCCGAACAUACGAAUUCAUGUACAAACGCAUUGCUAAGGCUAUUCAGGAUGCGGGUGUCCCAGACGCACACCCCCUGGACUAUUUACAGUUCUUCUGCUUGGGUUGCAGAGAAACUUUAGAGGGAUCACAGCACACCGCAGAGCCCACGUCGGCUACCGAGGGAUCGUUACAGCGCAAGCUCAACUAUUCUAGGCGAUACAUGGCGUACGUGCACUCCAAGAUGAUGAUUGUGGACGAUGAGUACAUCAUGGUCGGUUCAGCGAACAUCAACGAGCGUUCAUUAGCCGGUGAUCGUGAUACUGAGCUCUCCACGGGCAUGUUCCAGCCCGAACACGUGACCGAGGAGAUGGACGAUGGCACCUUUAAGCUUCCCUUUGGCGAUGUGGCGUCUUUCCGUCGGUCACUUUGGGCCGAACAUGCAAAGAGCACGGCUGGCAAUCCAUUGCUGGAUGCGCCCGAGAGCGUCGAGUGCGUGCGUUAUAUCAGAGGCGUGGCAAGCGCCAACUGGGAUAGGUAUAUGAGUAAGGAGGUUGUAGACAUGGACGAACAUCUGAUGCCGUACCCACUCGAAGUAUUGCAAGACGGGACUGUACAAUCUAUCGACGGAGUGGAGAAGUAUCCUGAUACAGAUGCUGCUAUCGUGGGCUUGAGUGCAAACUUGGUGCCUGAUCUUCUGACUAGCUAAAGUACUUUACUGUACCGCUGUGAAUAGAGUGUGAUGUGUGGUGGGUAUAAAAUAAUAAUAAAAUUAUAUAGUCGAUACUAAGACAGACAG